UGUUAUAAAAGGGAAAUUUAUCAUUUUGACGAAGCUUCAGUGGCCAUUCUGCACCAGACUAACUCUUCACCAACUAGUGCUCUUGUCAGUCACACAGUUAAGAGUUGAGAGAUAGUACGGAUCUACAACGCCUUCGUCAGGUCACAACAUCACGAUGCCUCGACUGGCGCAGCCCAUUGCUCUGAGGAGAAAAACUCUGCUGAAACUGAUGGAUAUACUGUAUGACAAAUUUCGAGAAUGGAUUGCAAAACUCUCUCGGGCAGCGGAAACUGGCCGUGAGGAUUAUCUGCGGCAGGUACAAAACGUGGCGAAAGAAAGCCAAGACAUUAAUAAAAUUCUAACAGCCCUGCCGAUACAGAUUACUGAAGACCUAAUUCCUAUUAUACAGCAGAUUAUCGGUUCUAUCGCGUGGCUUGACGCGAAUGAUGAAAAAUUCAAGGCUGCUGCUUCUUAUGACGAAGAAAAUUACAACUCUGUGUGUCGAAGCAUGCUUAGAUCUGUGUUACUUGCUACCACCAGGCACUAUAAUACGGCACACCUAUCGUCCAGUUUCGUACUGAAGCUAUUAAUUCAAGCUAUGGAAAUUACAAGCAAUUUAAAAGUUUUUGUUCUCGAUACUAAAACAGAAACUGAUCUCUCUACUGUAAUGGCAAGUAAUAUCCACUUUUUAAAAAAACUGCAGUUAUUCACAUAUUUUUUUGGUUGUACAGACGAAGUGGUAGAACAGCUGGGAUUGCACUGCACUGAUCUGAGGUUACUCAUUAUCCCUCAUUCAUCUGCUGUUACAGAUGCUUCUGUACCUCAUAUAAUAAAACUCAAGAAAUUAAUUUAUGUAGAUAUAUUGAACACGCAAGUCAGUUGCGAACUAUAUGGAAUGCUACUUUCAGAAUCGCAGAACAUUGAAAAUGUCCACUACUUAAGUCGGAAUCAUGACACUUUAGGUAACAUUUCAGCAGAAAAUCUCUCAAGGAUAAAGAUAGUCACUGGGUAUAAAACAAGUAUCGACACUAUUGUAGAGAAAUGCCCCAACAUCACGGUUCUAGUAAUGCAUCAUAUUACCGCAGAUGUUUCGAACAUGACUGCAUUAACUCGUCUGACAAUACUGCGCGUGAGUAACGGCGACUAUUGUACAUCUAAUCUUAACGCUGCCUUUCAAGGUAUGGGUCACAGACUUUUCGAACUCAUGCUGCAUAAUAUUAAAAAUCUAAACAUUGCCCACAUCAUAACGUUUUGUCCUUGCUUGGAAAAUCUAGGUGUUGAAAGGAGCACAUUUUCAUCAGACCAAAAUACCCUGGAUCCUGGAAAUCCUCAUUUUAAGAGUGUAAAAUUUUUAAGAAUAUUAGAAACAUCCGAAAAUGAAGUAUUUCUGCAACACUUGAGAAAUUACAUCAAUUUGGAUACGUUACAGUGCGAUAAAGUGAAAGAAAUAGAUGAUAGUUUUGUGAGUGAAACUAUACGUACAGGCGGACUCAAAAACAUUGCUAACUUUCUCGUUGUUAAUGCUGGGGAUUUGACUAUGAGAACUGUUGAGCUGCUGAUAAGUAAUUGUCACCAACUGUUUACGUUGGGAUAUUUGUCACGUUGGAGUGGUCUUAAUCCAGAGCUUAUUUCGAACAUUAAUAUUACAGUGAGGACGCGAAACCUCGAUAUACAAAUACUGUAAUCAAACAUAUACAGACAUUUCUUUUAAAGUAUUUUAAAUAAGCUCAGGAGGGUUAUUUAUACAUAUAUGUUAAUACACAUUUUACUGUGAAGUAUCUUUCGAUUUGUGACUUUCAUCUGAAGCGCAAAUUUAAUUUGUGAUACAGCUUAGUUUUUAUUAUGCAAGUGGAUUUUAUACUUAUUUAGGUUAUUAAAAUAUGAAUAUAACUCUGAUAUUACAAAUCAAUGUGUAAUUUUUAAACUGAUACAGUUAUUCAUAGUAAUAACAUUUUGUAAAGAAGUGAUUUAACAAUUUUAAUUUUUGAGAUAGUUAAAAUAAAAGAAACGUACAAUUUUAAGUCACGCUUAUCAGAGCACUUGGUUGUUUUAUAUCCAUUUAUUACGUUUAUCUAUUAAUUUUGUAAGACGUGGCAUAAUUAAUCGUCCAAGAGUAUAAUAUGCAAAAAUUAAAAUGUGACGUGUAACUAAACACAAAACUGGUUGAAAUGAACAUAAAUUUCGUAACUAUAUACAUUAUAUAUAUAUUCCUGGUAAGCAUAAAAGGUUGAAACUCAAUCUAAUUAAUUACGUUUUAGAUAUGUAAACGGUUUGUACUGCUUGAUAUUCCAAACACUUUAAUAAAAAUGCUUAGAAAUAAACUA